GGGAGUAGGGGGGCGGAGGUCAAGCCGAAUCUUCCUCCGUAAUAAGAAGCGACACGUCCUGCUGUCCUGGCUCGGUGGGUCCGGUCGAAUCGGGCCUGGGCGGUGGAGCUGCUGUGGCUCCUACUCCGACGGGUGCGAUGGAGGCCAUGCUGGAGCCCAGUACUCGCGCCGGGGUAGGCCAAGACAGCCGGCAGUGCUAGUAGAUGAGGCGGCGGCAGCAGCGGCGAUAGCCCCGGCUCUCCAUGAGCAAGCGGCGGCGGCGACGGGUGCGGCGGCACCGGCGGUUUUCGGUCCCCGGGGAGGAUGAAGACACUGUUUGAAGAGAUCAAAGCAUCAAUUAAAAAUAACUAUAACCAAGAUCGCUCAUUUUGGAGGCCUGUUCUUCCUUGGGGAGGUGUUUUUACUAUCAAAGCUGGCCGCAAAGCAGUAUCCUGUACACCACUCUAUGUUGAAAUAAGACUAAAAAAUACCUGCACCAUAGAUGGAUUCUUGAUGUUGUUAUAUGUCAUUCUUAAUGAAAAUGAAAAUUUUCCUAGGGAACUCUCUCUUCAUCUAGGUAGAGAGUUUGUAGACUGUUUUCUUUAUUUAAUGGACACCUACAGUUUUACAACUGUGAAGCUGCUUUGGAUUUGGGACAAAAUGGAAAAACAGCAAUACAAAUCUGAAGUUCAUAAAGUUUCAUUAAUAAUUGAUCUGUUUGGGAAUGAACAUGAUAAUUUUACAAGAAAUCUCGAAAAUCUCAUGUCUACCAUUCAAGAGAGUUACUGUUCCAAUUGGCGAUGCCCAACUCGAGUGCAGGAAGAUCAGCAGCGCAUAAUUAGUAUAAAUCCUCCCCAAGAAAUUCCACAUGGAAACUUGAUACGACUGGCCGUGGAUGAGUUAUUCUGUUCCAAGAUUGAACUGUGUGAAGAGCGUGGGUACAAUAAAACCUUGGUUAACCGGAACCCAGCUAAUCGAGACCCUCAAUUUACUGGAUUUUUUUCUGCACUCCACAUUAGGAGAAAGAGAUGUGGUGGCCUAAGAGAAUUUUCGCAACGAGUUUUCUGCCAUGGGGCACCCCCUUUUGUGGUCCUAAAUAUGCAACAUUGGAAAUCUGAAGACCUGGCAUAUGUACCCUAUUACUUGGAUUUAUCUGAUCACAAGUAUUUAUUGGAAGGUGCCACAUUAUUUAACAAAGAGGAACAUCAUUAUUCUGCAGCUUUCCAAAUUGAUGGACAUUGGAUGCACUAUGAUGGCCUCAGAAAUGUGAAUUUAAUUUUGUUAAAUAAACCCCCAGAGUUUCUCCUCUUGUCAUCAUUGGUUUAUAUUCGAGCAACAGAGAAAUAAAUAUAGACUGAUGCUAAAUUAAAUUGUUUUCCCUCACGCCCAUGCUCCCCGAGAUGAAGGGCUUUUAUUUUGUGUAUACUUGGUAUCCAAGAGAACAGUUUAACUAUACUAGUUUCAGAGGUGUAUUACCCAGUGUUUAGCCCCAGGUAAAUCUUUUAUAUAGAGAUUCUAUGCAAAAUGUUUGUAUUUCUUUUUUAUAUUUCCUGGGUUAUUUUUAUACAAGCAUAUUUUAUGUUGAAAUAAAAUAUAUCUUGUAGCCUUUGUAUUUUUUAUUUAUAUGUACCUCAGAGCUUUUCACAAAUCUAUCCUUGAAGCCAAGAAAUACUAUGUUCUUUGAAUUCUAAAUUUUUCUUUUUCAAUAUCCAAAUAAAACCUGGAUAAAGUCGGUAUUUCAAUUUAUAUAAAUUUAACAGUUCAAAAUAUAUCUGACUAUAUUUCUUUGCCCUACCUCACUAUAAUCCAAAGUGCACUAGUGGAUCUAGUAUGGAUUUGAAUGUACAACUUAUGGAUAGCUUAGGUUUUUUACCCAUUGAUUUGCCUAAUUUUCCUGCAGUAAUUUAAAAAAAAUGCUUCAGUCUGAGUAUUUAUUCUCGGCUUGAACCAUUUCUUUAUAAUGGCAAAUUACUUUUAACUACUUGCUAAAGUAUGUUAAACCUGCCAGCGGAUUUUAAGUGCUAAUUAAGCUUCCAAGCUUAAUUCAAGUUAUUGUUAUAAAUAGACUAUAUAACUAUCCAAACCAUUUAUCUCAUAAUUAAAUGUAAUAGAAAUUGUCUAAUAAGAAUUUAUUUUUCAGAUAAGUAUAAAAAACAUUAACGCAACUGGAUGUUUACUAGUGUUGGAUUAACAAUAGAAAUUUACUUUAAAUAUAUAUUUAAAAGGAAAAUGGUGCCUGGGAAUGUUUGUUUUCCUCCUAAGUCUUAUGUUUGCACAGAGAAAAAAUUAUUUAAAUUUUUGGGGUGACAUAUGCUAACUCCCUUGUGAGUAGUAAAUUGAUGGGAUGAGGCUUUGAUUUGCAAUAUAAAUCACUAGAAUUUUAUAGUUUUCAGAAUAUUAUGUUUCUUUAUAAAGACCCUAAGAUCUCCCUUCCUUUUGUAAUUUGAAAGAAAAAAUAAAGUAGAAUUCUCAAGGAAAAAUGCUUUUUGAAAUUAGCAGCCUUUAUUUUAGUGCUUUCAUUUCAGUAAGUGGUCUGCCUUAGAUCUGGAGUUGAAAUUAAGUGCAAUGUAUAUGGAAACUUCUACAUGACAACACAGUUCACUGCCAUAUGCCAGAUUACUGAGGUUUAAUUCAGUAAGUUCAGUCAGGCUUGGUGCCAUGUUGGGAUAAUUUACCUAAGAAUAGAUGAAUGUAGGUGAAACAUUGCUGAGAAUGCCUUACUCUGAGCAAAAAACUAUGAAAAUUCCUUUUUUACAUUAGAAAAAAAUUUAGUGAUUUAUUUUACAAAAGAAUUCACUCCAGGGCUUAUUUAAAUAGUUUCUCAAUUGUAUUUAAAUAGGAUUUGAUUUACAGUAUACUUUUUCUGGGGAUACUUUAUUGCAUGAAUCAAAGUAUACAAAAACACAGAUAUUAAAGUAUACAUAAAUGAUGUCAUUACCAAAAUUAUUCCUAAUGCUGAUAUAUUCUUUUAACAAUUGCACUUUAUUUGGAAUAAUUCUAAUUUAUCACAAAACAGUGACUCACCUACCUCACAGGGUUGUUGUGAGGAUUAAGAUGUUUGUUAAAAUUUUGAUACCUUGAAACGUGCUAAUAAAAAACAUAUUUUUUCUACCUCUU